AUCCAUUUCCGUCCUUCUCUACUCUCAAUCCAUCUCUUCAACUCUUUACUCUCUACAACCUUCAGUACUCUACCAACAUCAUGUCUGGCUACGAUCCCUACAACCAAGGUCAAUACGGCCACGGCCACGGCGGCUACCAGCAGGGCGGCUACGGUAGCCAGGGCUAUGGCCAGGGCCAGGGUCAGGGCUAUGGCCAGGGUGGCUACGCCCCUCAGCAGGGAUACGGCCAGCAUCAGGACCAAGGCUAUGGUCACCAGCCGUACGGCCAGGGCGGUCAUGAGCAGUACGGCCAGCAGCACCACCACCAGCAGGGCUACUACGGCCAGCAGCAGCCCCACGACCAGCACCAGUACGGCCAGCACGAAUCCCACGAACAAGCUCCCGACGGCGCCCAGGACGGUGAGCGUGGUCUCGCCGGUGCUCUUGCAGGCGGUGCGGCCGGUGGUUUCGCUGGUCACAAGGCCAACCACGGUUUCCUCGGAACAAUCGGUGGUGCCAUCAUGGGCAGUAUCGCAGAGGAUGCUGUCAAGAAGCACAAGAACAAGGACGAGGGCCAGCAACAGCCUCCGGGCUACGGUCCCCCUUCGCAGUACGGUGGUUCCUCGCACGGCGGUUCCUCCCAGGGCGGCUCUGGCAUGAUGGACCAGCUCGGCGGUUUCUUCAAGAAAUAGACUGUCGCGGUUGAUUGUUCUGUGAUUUGAUACGCUAUUGCAUUUUUUUUUUUUUUUUUUUUUUUUAUUAUCUCUACAUGGUUGCUGGGUUGGGUCUGUUUUUGUUUUAUUGCUUAAGGCUCCAUCAUUGUUAUUACCAUGAG